AUGGCAACUAGAGAUCAGAAACAAGAGGUUGAGAUGCUCGAGGAAAGCACAUUCCAGAAGCCAGCCGAAAUGGCUACUUCAAAUGUUGAUCCCGUUGCUCAGAAGAGCCUCCUUCGCAAACUCGACUUUCGCAUGAUGCCAGUCUUCUUCCUCAUGUAUUUCUUAAACCAUUGGGACCGAAACGGCCUGCCGCAAGCCAAGCUCAACGGCAUCACGACGCAUCUCGAUCUAAAGGGCACCCAAUACAACACGUGCAUCUCAAUUCUUUACGUCGGAUACCUCAUCGCCGGCAUCCCAUCAAACAUGAUCCUGACCCGGGUCAGGCCGUCCAUAUGCCUCGGCGUCUGCAUGUGUGGUUGGGCGAUUGUCUCUGGAUGCACAGCGCUGUCUAAGAAUUACACCCACCUUCUGAUGCUUAGAUUCUUGCUUGGGUGGUUCGAGGCACCGUUCUAUCCAGGUGCGAUAUAUAUACUGAGUCGAUUUUAUACGAAGAGCGAAGUGGCUACACGCCUGGCAAUUUUGUACUGCGGUCAACUGAGUUCGAGUGCUUUCUCUGGCCUCAUUACUGCGGGUAUCUUUGCUUCGAUCGAUGGUAGAUAUGGAAUCCACGGAUGGCAAUGGCUGUUCAUCAUCGAAGGUGCAGCAACUUUCGGAUUUGCCGUCAUUGCCAUCUUUUUACUUCCCGAUACCCCCGGGAAGACAUCAUGGAUGACUCCAGAGGAGAACGCCUGCAGUGUCAUUCGAAUGCAAGAAGACAGCGUGAACCAGCUCCAGCACGAAACUCCGAUGCAAGGUUUCACGAGUGCCAUCAAGGAUUACAAGGUGUGGCUGUUUAUGAUCAUGCAAAAUAUGCAUUUCUCUGCCAUGUCCUUCAACCAGUUCUUUCCAACCUUGGUGAAAACACUCGGAUACAACAACACUAUCACUCUGGUUCUGACAUCUCCGCCUUAUAUCUUCUCUGCUCUGUUCUCUCUCGCUUUGGCAAGAUCCUCUGGGUACUUCAACGACCGAACAUGGCACAUUGUUGGUGGCAAUCUCUUUGCUAUCGUAGGUUUCGUACUGGCCUGUUCCACGACCGGACUGGCACCGCGCUACGCAGCGUGUUUUCUGUUCGCGGCUGGAUCUUACUCGACUGGCAGUAUCAUCCUGGGCUGGGCUUCAGCCAAUGUUGCUGAUUCUCAUGAGAAAAAGGCGGUCACGUUAGCCAUGGUCAACUUUUCUGCCGUCGCAGCCAAUGUGUACACUGCCUACCUCUGGCCAGACUCUGACAGCCCUCGUUUCAUAAUUGGUCUGGGAAGCAGUGUUGGGUUCUCGUUCGUUUGCCUGCUUGUGGCUAUUGUGGCAUGGUACCUCUUCCGACGGUCAAACAGCAAGCGUCUGCGUGAGGCUAGCGAUGACAAUGUCAAGCUGUACGCGAUUUGA